AUGCCCGAUCACCCCCAAGAACAAACAAAUGCAGACUCACCAACUACGUCUAUUCCAGACGAUGACUUUAUGCCGGACAAUACAUCGCUAGAGGCUACACCACCCGAAGACCCCAUGACCCGGGAGAAAAAAGUGAAGGCCAGAAAAGGCGACAGGAGGGCAUACAGAAGGGCAUACAGAAGGGCAUACAGAAGGGCAUACAGAAGGGCAUACAGAAGGGCCAAGAGCAAGGCUAAGAAGGAGGCUGCAAUCCAAAGAACUACCACAGAGUCCAUUACCAACCGUCUCGCCAAUCUCGAUAAAACUCCCCCAUACCCGGUCUGUCACUUCUUCUACGGAACACUAGCAGUACCUUCACUCCUCCAGCGAAUCAUUGAUCUACCAGUCGAACCAGGAUUACACAAAGCCAAGGUCAUCGGAUACACCAUUGCUAAAUGGGGCGAUUUUCCCGCUCUGAUAGACAGCCAUCCUUAUCAGGAGAUCCGCGGGUAUGCGUACAUCGUGCAGUCUGAGGAAGAGGCGUUGAUACUUGCCAAUUAUGCAACGAAGGCUUAUGAGGCAUCACGUUGCUGGAUUUAUUUCCCCGAUGGGAAGCGGCCUGCUGGGAUUGGUGGUAUGACGCUUAUCUAUGCUAGGGACGCGAUUGCUUUGCUAGCAGCGAUUUUAUAUGAAUCUUUGGAACCGGCAGAUAGUUAG